AUGCAUCCAUUAAUUCCAGACGGCGGCCAGACGUUAGUCUACAGCGUCGUCGACAACCAUAAUAUCCAGCUUGAUUACUACCUGCCUCCCAAUGCAACUGGUACCCUACCCGCGGUGAUAUACUAUCAUGGGGGUGGAAUGACUGCUGGAUCCCGACGAGAUUUCCAGUUUCCGCGCUGGAUAUAUGACCACUGCCAGAUGAAAAACUACAUCUUCAUCGCGGCGGAUUAUCGGCUUUGUCAUCCAUGCACCGCUUUCGACCAGAUUGAAGACGCAAAAGCUCUGUUCAAGUUCCUUGCCAGUGACGACUUUGCAAAGGCAAUGCCUGAAUCAGUCUCAAUCGACACGUCUCGUAUCGCCGUGACGGGGUUUUCGGCAGGUGCUUUCUCCGCUCGCGCAGCAUGUAUCUAUACCGAACCCAAGCCAGCAGCCCUCUUGACGGUUUUUGGUACUGGCGGUGACUGGCUUCUCAAGUACUUGACGACACGUCGGCCCCCGACAUCUAUUGCCACUUCUGUGGAUCUCACUCGGGUCCCCGAAAUCCUCGCGGACAAGAGCGUUGUCAGUGAUGACACUGCACAUGGAAAUUGGUUCACUAGCCGGUUUGCACUUGCGGUUCAAUGGGAGCUAGACGGGGCAUUCCUUGAAAACUGCCUGGGCCGACCUGGCCUGAGCGCUCAGCUAAACAAGGCUGAGGACUCCAAACGAGCGAUGGCAAUCCCAGAGGAUACCAAGCCGGCGUUCUUACAGAUGUUCGUGACCGACGACUAUCCUCCUUCCGUUUUUGUUCACGGGACUGCCGAUGAUGUUGUUCUCCCAGAGGAGAGUAUACAUCACUUCAGUCAACUCAAGGGGCUUGGGGUCAAGACAGAGCUAUUGCUCGUGAAGGACGGGCCUCACGGACUCCUCGAUUUUGGCUCCGGAGGCCCUCCAAGACCUUGGCAAGGCUCGCUCGAGGCGUAUGAGGGGGCUCUGAAAUUCCUCGACGACGUACUGGAGAACAUGUAG